AACCAGGAUGGGCGGAAGUGAUUGUUGGCAGGCCGGGUGACGUGUCCGGUAGAGGCAACUAUGGCUGCUCAGGGGGAGAUAGACGAGCUGUUCGAUGUGAAGAAUUGGUUUUAUAUUGGGAGUUAUCAGCAGAGCAUCAACGAAGCUCAGAGAGUGAAGCCAUCCAGUCCAGAGAAGGAGGUGGAAAGGGAUGUGUUCCUGUACAGAGCGUAUAUAGCGCAGAGGAAGUAUGGUGUUGUCCUGGAUGAAAUACGGCCCAAUGCCAACCCAGAGCUUCAGGCUGUCCGUAUGUUUGCAGAUUAUCUCUCUAACGAGAGCCGUAGAGAUGCCAUCAUUUCUGAUCUGGAUAAGAAAAUGGCUAAAAGUGUGGAUGUCUCCAAUACAACUUUCCUGCUGAUGGCUGCUUCUAUUUAUUUCCAUGAUGGCAACACUGACGCUGCCUUACGGACUCUGCACCAGGGGGAGAGCCUUGAGUGCACCGCUACAAUAAUUCAAAUACUUUUGAAAUUAGACCGCCUUGAUCUUGCUAGGAAGGAGCUGAAGAAAAUGGUUGAAAUGGACGAGGAUGCAUCACUGACUCAGCUGGCAACUGCCUGGGUUAAUAUUGCAACGGGGGGAGACAAGCUGCAGGAUGCCUUCUACAUCUUCCAGGAGAUGUCUGACAAAUAUUCAUCUACUCUGCUGUUACUGAAUGGGCAGGCAACAUGCUACAUGGGUCAGGGAAAGUGGGAAGAUGCAGAGGGAGUGCUGCAGGAGGCAUUAAACAAGGACAGUAACCAUCCAGAAACCCUAAUCAACUUUAUUGUCCUGACACAGCACAUCAGCAAACCUCCUGAGGUUACCAACAGGUAUCUAUCUCAGUUGAAAGAUGGACACAGAAACCACCCAUUUAUUAAAGAAUUUCAAGCAAAGGAAAAUGAAUUUGACCGCCUUGUUCUGCAGUACGCCCCAAGUGUGUGAAUCUGAAUAGAUUAAUGUACAUUUGCUUUAGUACACAAUCCUAUGUCAAUAAAUCACUCUUCUCUAAGGGCAUUGGUGGGAUAACAGUUGCUUAGAAGUGUAUUUUGGAUGUACAACAGCUCAAAUUAAGAUCUUAACAGAUCGAGAGUCCUGCACCUCAGAGAUGGUCGAACAUUAAUCUGGACACAGAGGGUAAAUGGAGCAAACAUAAAAUCCUGGAAUAAUCAAAAUGCAUUUUCUGCACUUUUCAUAUAACUUUAAAGAUUGGAGAAUCCGUAUAAUAAAUCCGUGUGAUAAAAAUAUAAAUUGGAAGCUUAAUUUCAGAAAAGUCUACAACAUUUUUUUUUCCCAAUGUAUUUCUUCAUCAGCAUUCCUAAUAAAUUUACUUUUUUUUGUUCAA